UCUAACCCUCCUCCGUCCCUGGCUCGAUAAUUCCACCUCGAAGCGACUUGAAAUUACGAGUUCCAUGAGGCCAUGGUCGCCCAUAAGCCUGAAAUGUCGCGCGCCCGAGGGGUUAUUUCCCGCGGAAGAGUAUUGGAACCUUGUUGAUUAGCGGUGUUUUGUUUUGGCGAGGGCAGUAGCGAAGGGUCUCUCUUGGUAAGUGCCUUUCCCCUCCGCGUCAAACUCCGUGCCAUGGCGCCCGCACCUCGCUGACACUUUCACGGAGCCCUAGCGACGUCGGCUUGCCACUAGAAAUGGGCGCAGGAGCCGCCAUGAGCAGCCAGUAGUGAAGUGGUGGCCCGCACUGGACUAUUUUUUUCUACUUCUUAUUCUUCUUCUUGAAAGACGGGGGGGCAAAGAUGUGCACUUGUUGAUUGUGGUCUGCGAGUCCUUGUCGUCGUCGUCGUCGUCGUCGUCGUCGUCGGGGCAGCCGCCGCUACACACUCCACGACCUGCUGCUGCUCUCUCUCGCCACACACUCACCGGUAUUGUCACACACGCGUGCAAGAUGAUGAACGUCAGCAUGGCAGAGGAAGAGCGCAUGUCUCCUGAUCUAAUGGGCAUCAUGGAUUCCCAUCAGUCAUCACACUCCCCAUCUCCUGAGGAGCCCCGUGACCUCAGCAUUAAACGGAAGAUGCGUCCAGUGCCUCCCCCGCUGGACCUAAGCAAGCGGAAUUUGGAGCCCGAAGCGAUGAUUCCCGAGUUUGCAGCCAUCACCACCACCAGCCCAAAGUCACCUCUUACUCAGAAGAACUUGCCCCUUAGAAAGAGAGCCCACAGUUGGUCCUUUCAAUUAGAGGCCCAGGGUCUCCAACUACCAGCAACAGCAACACCAGGUGUAAUCAGAUCUACAGCUGAGGUGCGAGAACAGUCCACAGGGAUACCCUCUUCGUCGUCUUCAUCCUCGUCUUCAUCUCUAAGGAUUCCUGGAUUGCCCACACCGCAUACACCUCAUACUCCGCAUCCUCAUUCAGCAAUUCCAGUAAUUACUAGCAGGUUUCCCUUCAGUGAGGGAAAUUCUAAUGGCUCAUCUUAUGGUACUGGAGAUAUGUCUGGUGGAUCACAGGGCCCCUUAAAUUUAUCUACAGCGGCUAUAGGGGGCUUACCUUCCUCUUUAUUGUCUCCAGCCCCAUCACAUCCAUCCACAUCAUCCCUAAACUCCUCUAGAGAAGAGUUAGAGAAUGAAGGAAUGAUAGCAGAAUAUCAUGUGUCUUAUUCCCAUGUGCCAUCACCACACAUGCCCUCUCCACAUCAUGUGUCGCCACACUUGCCGUCUCCUCAUCUUCAGGGUGGCCCUAUGGGACCACAAGGUCUUGGUGGCCAUGGACAUACAGACCGACUGGGAACAGGUUCUUCACCGUGCCCUUCGUCGAUCUCUCCUCAGCCAACAUCAGGACAUCAAUGGCCUACUAAUGUUUGGUCUGUCUUCAUGUCUGGAGUUCGUGUUCAUUUUGUAUUGGGUGUUGGUGGUCAGGUAACAGGAGCAAGACUAAGUGAAGAGCUGGGCCAGUUGGAACGCACUCAUCAACAGCGGUAUGCACCUCACGGCUUACAUCUGAUGCGAAUUCUACGCGAGAGCUCGUCUUCACACAUGUCUGGACCAAGUUAUUGCCAGCUUUACUUUCGACCAGUUAUGGUACAACAGGAAGAUAUCAUGGUGGUUACACCUCCCGAUCAUCCAUUCUACGUACAUGGCAAAGGUUGGUGCAGUGUGUUUCCCGAGCGAGCAACAGAGAGGUACAGCCUUCCCUGCCAACAGCUCCAGGAAGGAGACGUCUGCCUCCCACCGUAUCAUCCAGAAACCACGCAGACUCCCAUUCCUGUUGUUACACCGGAUCUUGCAGAUGCUAUGAAGAGGUUUGACUUCAACGAUGAUCCAGUGGACGGAGGUCCAGGCGCGUACUCUGCACCACCCAGUGCUACUUUCCCACCUCAUACCCAACGCACCGUCUUCCUUUCCCCUCCUGCGUCACCAUCGAAGAAAAAUAGAGAUGGGCGUGGGGGUGGAGGAGCCGUCGGAGGAGUAGAAGGUGGUGGGAACCGUGCUCGAAGACCGAUGAAUGGUUUCAUGCUGUUCGCUAAGCACCAUAGGCUGAAGCUUAUUCAACAGUACCCUGGCAAGGAUAAUAGGGCUAUUUCAGUUCUCCUGGGUGCCAUGUGGAAAUCUCUACCAGAAGAAGACAGAGAAACAUUUAAUGCCGAAGCUCGAGCUCAAGCCGAGGAACGCAAACGGAUUGAUCCCGAUUGCUGGAAGAGAAAACGGUCUCACUCAACCAGUUAAAAAUUAAAUUGUGUUAGGCUUUGUAAAAAGAAGAAAUUUCACUUUGACAAUAUAAUUUGUUUUCUAGGGGUUACAAGAUAUACUAGGAGCAAAGAUAUUUACCAAAUUUGUAUUUUAUCCUGGGCAUGGCUUGAAUUGUGGCAAGCUUGUGUACCCAGUUGAGUGCAUCAAGGCAUGCAUGGGCAUACCUGGUUCAAUGUGUCAUGGCAUGCUUGGAUGUACCCAGCUCAAUGUGUCACGGGGGUCGUACAUACAGAGUUAAUUGCUUCAAGCAACUGCUCAUUGUUUAUCAAUUGUCCGGCUAUACAUUUUCCAUCUUUUACAGAAAGACUGAAGACGUACCGUUCCAGAAAAAAAUUUGUGUGUCCGACUAAUAAGUUAGUGCUUCAGCGUUUAGAAAUUGGAAGAAGCACUUGUUGGGCAGUCCCAGACAUGUUCAUGAGCCUGGCUUCUUGUAGGUCAGGUGGUUCCUGGCUUGUAUAUGGUGUUGCCUUGGCCAGAUUGCAUAUUUUCUUAAGCAAUGUGCAAAAAAGUAUUUUGGAGUUGUUCAACUUCAGAUAUGCUAGUUUUAUUGUAUUUAAAAGUGAUGCUGCAACUGAAAUAUCAAGGAACAAGUAUUAUCACCAUAUUUAUAUUUAGUUAAUAAGGUUUUUAAGUAUUCUCCUGAUACAGUGGUAACUGAUCUCUGUAUUACACUUUCCAGGGGUUAAUAGCAGUCUAUACCUAUUGUAUUUAUUUCAUUUUAUUAUGCUGUAAUUUCCCAACAUCAAGUAUUGACCAUUUCAAAUACAGUAUUUUAUAAUUUUGUACAAGAUUGUUUUGAACAUUUGUUACUUGAAUGUGAUUUCCCAGCGGGCAAAAUGUGCUCAGGUUACAUUUAAUCACUGGUGGAUCAACAUUUUCAUCAUAGAUUAAUUGUUGCAUCGUCAUUUGUCAAUAUUUUCCCAGGAGAUGCUCGGGUAAAUGUUUAAUCUGCGUUAUCAACAUUUCUUUCAAUGUUACAUCAAAUUUAUUUGCCCAGAUUUGCCUGGGGGAUGCUUGGGUAACGUUUAAUCAGCAUUGAUUCAUCGUUACAUCAACAUUGUUUGCCCAGAUUUGCCCGUGGGAUUGCUCAGCCAAUGGUUAGGUAAUUACUUGGUAACGAAGCAAUGUCUGAAAGAUAUCUCCUCACAGUAUUAGUUUUGUGGUAAUUAAAACAUUGUGUUCAGAUUAACCGAUUGUCUUGGGGAUUCCGUCCCAAGCGACACAAACCUUUAUCCUAGAAUGAAUUGCUUUCUCAGUUAAUCAUGAUAUUUGACCGUGCUUCCUUGUAAGUCCCGGUAACUGCUCAGUUUAAAUUGUAGCUUAUAUUUUUAUCACUUACCUACCAUCCUAGGAAGCUCUUCAUUCCUUUUCUGAUGCAGUUUUGCAUCUUUCAAUAUAUUGAAUGACAGCUCUCAAACACACAAAGAAUCAGUUAUAUUAGGAUAUAUGCCUUACUUGAAUGUGAUAUUAGAAAAGUCGGGAUCUUUUAAGACAGGUACAGUACCAAGGCAAAUAUUGAUUGGGACUUGCAUCAAACUUAAGCUGGAUGUGUAUGGUACACACACAUUGCCUUUGACUUUGUUCACAUACUGAUUGGCUAUUCUGCAUUACUUGAAAAGUAAGUUGAAUUUGCCUAGGUUUCAAUCUUAGAGUAAUUUGUCUUGAAGUUCUAACUAUGAAUUUAAAAGUUAAGAUUAUCCUUUACUUGUGAUAGCUGGUAUGCUUUAUCUUCAUUACAUAACGUGCCGUCACUCUCCAAAUUAUGCGUGUAAUUUGGUAGGCUGUUGAUAUGGCUUUUGAUUUCCCUUGAAAAGUAUCCUCCUGCAAAAACCAAUUCUGUUGAAGAUAAAAUGCUUGUACAGACAAUUCAUUCAAUAAUUUUCAGUAUUGCUGUCUUAUUUAACUCCACUGGAGACACAUAUACACUGAUACCUGUGAAGCAGCAGAGCAAUAAGUUGCAAACGUUAAGAGAAAUGUUUUGAACACCUACAUAGGACCAAUCAUAUUUUCACACAUGUAUUCUAAUCAUCUCGUAGUUAAGAUGCUUAAAUGCUUGUCUCAACGUCCUCGGUAAUAAACCCGUGGAUUUAAACUUUGUGGUAGUCAGAUUUUACCUCACAUUUCGCAUGGUUUCUGCAGUUUAGUGAUAAUCACAAUUGGCCACUUAAUUACAGUAUGCAAAUGCAGCCAUGAAUGCACAUGAAAACCCCCCAGAGGCUAUGCACCUAGAGGUGUAUCCCACUUUUUGUUGCAUAUACUCUGUUCACGAGUAAAGAAAACUUUGUUCAGGACUAACAUUCUUGGUGAUUGGUCUGUAAACUAUUGUGGUGGCCUUAAUGUGGUGGUUGAUAGGUCUUAAGCCCAACACUAAAAACUCAAACAUGCAAAAAAAGUAAUGAUUGUAUGUUUGCACUCUCAUGCAAAAAGUCUUAUCCUUGAAUGCACCUUUGCAUUUACACACACAACCAAACUGCAGCAGUUAAAGAAUCAAAUUUGGAGGGUUUGUAAUGUGACAAAGCUUAGCACAUUGCUCCCCAUAAUCAUUAUCUGUUUAGAGCUUUAAUUUUUCAAUUCAGGGCUGUUACACUGUAAAGCUUAGUCUAUAACAGUGGUUGCCUGAAAUAUCAUGCACUAAUUAAACUCUUAUAGCAAGAGAAUUUCAAUUUACCCAGUGUAAUCUGUAUGCAGUUAAUUAUCCAAUUCAGUAAUCUGAAUGUUUUUCUGCAUUAAAAUUCAGAAAUAUUUUUACUACCAUUUGUCCAUAUAUCCAUUAUGCUUUUAGUAAAAAGUAAUAGAUUUUUAAUAAGGUCAGUAUUUACCAUAGUAACAAAGGUCAGACGAGCUUGGAUAUUUAAAAGGAAGUUCUCGAGUACUUCCAAUCUUUAGCAUAAAUACUGAACAAAAUUUCCCCACUUCUAAGGAUAUUCGUGUAAGGGCUUUAAGCUUCUAGCUGGUCGACUCUGAGGUAUUUUAUUGCAUUGAUCACUUGAACUUUGUCUCUAGUGUCAAAUUUAUAUCUGUGUGACAGUUUUAUUUAAUUAAGCUAUUAUAUGCAGUACAGUAUAAUGAAAUUGUAAAUUAUUUGUAAAAAAAUUUCAUACUGUAUCAAAAAUUGUCUGAUAUUCUUUAUAUUAUGUACUUAUUGGUAGAGUAUUAUAUGCAUACACUGAAUCAUCUUUAAAUUUAAUAGUUACGGAACAGGUGUACCAUAUCAAGGCGUAGAUUUUAUUCUAAAGAUUUCACUGUAACUAUGUUUACAUGUGUAACAAAUGAUCAAAAGCAAGAAUAUUCAAAGAAUAUUAUUUGCAUGCCACAUGGAAAUCUGGCAAAAAAAAAAGUAUAGUGUGAUAUAGAUAUUGAAGUUUCUGGCAUCUUCAGGUUUAAGUGGGCAGCCAUUUUGGUAUUAUGGCAUAUUUUAACUAAUUUUAGCAAUGAACUGUACAAACAUUUUGUCCUUGCAUAGUUGUGGUUUAGUACCAAGUAAGCUCAAAGUGGAGGCAGGAGGAGUAGGGCGUUUGGGUAGCUUAAGCGAGAGAACUCCUUACCUGCUGCCUUGUGCUCGUGUGUUGUAAGUCUUUCAAAAGCACAAAUAAUGUGUAUAGAACAAACUUAGUUUUUGUUCAUAACCUAAAUAUAUAUUGAUAACUAUUUUUCUACUCUUACCCUGAAUCUUCCCUAUUUCCUGCAUCUAUAUUGAUUGUAAAUUACAACUGUUAUAAACCAGGUCUCUUCCGGAAAUUUAUCGCUGUUACAUAUUGUAGCAGAUAUAUAGAGAAUCAUAUUAUGUUUUUUAUUGGAAAGAAAUUUUUUAAGUGAUAGGUUAAGAAGUUUAAAUUUGCUCACAAAGUAGUAGUCUGUUAAGUAAUGUUAAGCUUGACUUAAAGAGCUCGUAUCACAUUAUUAUCCUGCCAAUUCUGAGGUGAUCUCAGCAGACGCAGUCGUGUCUUUCAUCUGUCCUCAAACCCGUCAGGAAGACCAGAAAAGUGAAGCCAAUUUUUUUAUCAAUAUAAUAGCUGUCUUUUUAAUUACUUCAUUCUCAUUGGCAGAAAUUCCAUUAAGAGAGGCAUUUCACCAAUCAGCUAUGUAUCUGUUUCAGAAACAAGUUAGUUAUAUUUAAUUGGAAAGUAGCAAAGGUAUUCUCACCAGCUACUGCACAAAUGUUUGUGCAAUUUUCUAUGGCACCGGAAUUCGAUGCCCCGUCCUUCAUUUAGUGAUUACCAGAAAUCAGACGUCCCAUUUAUUCACUUUGUUUUAAAGUAUGAGACAACAAAUCUGGCAUUUGCAUGACAGUAUAUUAACCCUUAGACUGCUAAGCUAUUUAAAAGUCCUACAUCCAGGUGCAUAUGGACAAAUAGUGUUAAAAGCCCGUAAGGAUCAAUCUCAUAAGGAGAUUUGAGCACAGGAGGAAAUCACAGAUAGCAACUGAAGCAGUGUAAGGGUUAAGAGGGGGUGCGGUCUAUGGCACAGUGAGAAUACCCUUACUAGUGUAGUUCCCGUGAUCUCAGUGUAGAGGGCGUCAAUCCUGUCACUGUUGCUGCAGUAGCAAGGAUUAAUUGUUAUAUAUUAUAUCAUGGCAGAUUAUAGCCGAGGCUUACUACUAAUUAAAUUGUGUUUAGGUAGUGUCAAACUUCCCACUAUGUAAAUGGAAAGAAAUUGCUUUUAUCUGUUGAAUGUGUUUAAUGCCUCGUCUGAAUUUGUCAUAGCUAUAUGGUAUGCUUUAAAUGUUUGAUAUAAUCAAUUGAAGUAUGUUUUUGUAAACAUAAAACACAUUUUAUAAUGUGGUUAAUAUUUGUUUAAGUCUUGACAAUCACACAAUGUAAAGAUAACUAUAUUUUUAUCAUUGUGAUUUUAGUGUGAUUGUGACCUGGGAUACGAGGAGUAUUGUGGUGUUAAUUUUUAUGUCCAUAAGCUAUAAGGAACCUUAUCCCUCAAACUGACACCCAGCCUCAGUUAGCGGAGAAUUAUUACUCUCGUCCCAGGUUAACUUUUGGAUGACGGCACCAAAGCUGGAUAAGAGCAAGCACGUUUUAUGUUGCUCAUAGCCAGCGUGUAAGCCAUUUACAACAUUUGACUUGCCUCCUGUUCAUAUAAACAGACACACUUAAUGUUGCUGCUCAAUUUGGCCACAAGCAUAGCUACACCGUAGUUUUCACCAUUGCUCCAGUGUUGUGAUGUUCACGGGUAGUGUAUGAACAGGUCUGGUGUUGUCGCAUGCAAGAUGCCGUCAAAAGAAGGGUCUGUCUGAUCUCACUACUCUAGGUUAAGAAUCAAGAUCUAAGUGAUAGCCAAUAUAUACUGUUUUCAGUGUAAUUACUUGUAUUAUUGUUAACAUUUCAAUGAAGUGCUGUUUUUUUUUUUUUUUGUAUAUAUAUACUUUAUAUGCUGUAAGCCUUAUGUUAUAUUUGACAGGCACUAAGGUAUAUUGUUUUGUACUACUUCCUGGCUGUGUGUUGAAAUUUAGAUAUUUUGUUUUAAAAUACUUUGCUAAUAUUUUUGGGUUGAAUUUUGAGAAAUUUUAAUUAUUGAAUUCCCACUUGUUAAAGGCUCAAUGCCUCGUAGAGAAGUCACCGUGGUUAGCUGUGCUAGUGAUCACAUCUGUAUCCCGAGGAUUUCAGGGAUGUGGGUUCAGUUUCAUUGUACAGCUAAAAUAUUUUUUCAGUGAAGGUAGUUAAAUUUUUUGAGAAAUCAUAAGCCUUGAAUAUUUCCUGUUAAUAUUUAUUAGUAUUGUGAAAGUGCUCACAGAAAUUAUCAGAAGUUGUAACAUUCUCAGGUGUCAUAUUGUGGAUAUCUUUUCCUUCCUGUAAUAACACAAAGAACAAAUGUUAAGCCGAGGAUGAAAAUGAGGGUCGCUAGCAUAUCUGACCACGACAAUGACUAUCCACAUUGGUGCAAUGUAUUUGUUCAUUCUAUUAUAACAAUUUAAGUUUCAAACAGUUGGCCUCUAGUUUCAUAAAAAUUUUGUAGAGAUCUGUGCACAAUUAUAUUUUAUAUAAAUCCAGGGUGUUAAUUUCAUAUAACAAAUUCUGUGAUUAGAUAGUGACCUGAAUUUAAUUAUUAAAGCAGCAGAGCAUUUUUAGAAUUGCACAAGCAAACACACACUUUAGCACACCUGGCAAACUUUUCUAGAAGCCAAACUUUCAUCGUCUUCCGAUGUUUGCCAAGUUGGCUCCACCAGCUCGUAUGGUUCCUGAAAGACUGAGAUAAACAUUCUUGCUGGGAAAGCAGUUAUAAAAUACCUUCUGCUUCUCCAUGCCAGCAGGAAGAUUUGGCUUAAGUAGGUGAAGGUUGGUAACUAUACAAGACAAAAAUCAGAGGAGAGAAUUGUUUAUUAAAAAAAAAAUAAAAAAAAGUUCAUAAUAAAAGAAGACAACCAAAUCAAUAUAUUUUUUAAAUUGGCUAACACAAAAACAAGCUCACCUACUGCUUUACAUUUGGUUAUGAGGCGUCGGUCACUGCUGCUGCUUGCCAUGCACCCUUCUUGGUAGGGUGUGUUAGUGGAAGCUCUGCACGCAUUGUGUUGAUAUCUACCGACAGGCCAAUAGCACCAGGAGUAUUAUUUGUAAAUUCUGUUGUGUAUAGGUGUUGCAUGCAUGACAUUGUUUUGAAUGGUAUUAAUUUGGAAGAUAUUUUGUAUAAAGAAAAUACUCUCCUAUAAUGAUGUCUUUUGUGUAACAAAAUAAAAAAAACUGGUA